GACCUAACCUAACCAUUGUCUCUUACACACUACAUGUAGUGUUUUCUUUUAUUCGAUAAAAAAUGUUUACGUCUCAUACUAAUACACUGCUCUUGUUACCGCGCAGAUACCGGUACUGGUAUGGAUAUACGGCGGAGGUUACAUGUCCGGUACUUCGACAUUAGACAUCUACGACGGCGAUCUGCUGGCGGCCACUUUCGACGUGAUGAUCGCCUCCAUGCAGUACAGGCUCGGGGCAUUCGGUUCGUUGUAUUUAACGCCAGAGCUGCCAGAGGAUAGCGACGACGCGCCUGGCAAUAUGGGAUUAUGGGAUCAGGCGCUGGCUAUCAAGUGGAUCAAAGAAAAUGCAGCGGCUUUUGGCGCUGAUCCAGAGACAAUUACGUUGUUUGGCGAAUCGGCUGGUGGUGGAUCAGUGAGCGUGCACCUAAUAUCGCCGGAGACAAGAGGCAUGGUGAGACGUGGGAUCAUACAAUCUGGCACCGUGAAUGCACCUUGGAGCUAUAUGACUGGCGAACGGGCAGUGGACAUAGCAAAGAAGUUGUUGGACGAUUGCAAUUGCAAUUCGACGUCGUUGAAUAACAACCCGAUCGGCACCAUGUCGUGCAUGCGAUCUGUCGACGCAAGUACUAUAUCCAAAAAGCAGUGGAACAGCUAUUCCGGUAUUUUGGGUUUCCCAUCUGCGCCCACCGUGGACGGGAUUCUCCUGCCAGAACACCCGCUAGACAUGUUGGCUAAGGCGAACUUUUCGGACAUCGACAUACUCAUUGGAAGCAAUCUGAACGAAGGUAAUUUUUUUUUUUUGCUUAGUUUUGCUUAAAACCAAAUUAUAUUUAAAAACUUAA